AUGGAUGAACUAGUUGUAGAAGAAUUGGAGUCUCUGGAAGCUAUCUACCCUGACUUACUGAAGAGAGAUGAUGCAGAGAAUAUAUUUGCCAUGAAGGUACCUCAACAUGAGAAGUUCACGGUCAAGAUCUCUUUGCCUGAUAAGUAUCCAGCAACUGAACCGCCCCAUGUCCUCGAAGUUUCUGUGGCUCAAGGAGAUUACGACUCAAAGUAUCUCACGACACUGUUUCAAGAAGUCAUGGAUUCCAUGUUUCACCAGGGUUCUGUUUGCCUGUUCGAUUUCUUCACUGAAUUGGAUGGUGUGCUAUAUGAUGAUGAAGAGGAAUCGUCUAUGGAUGCCGCUGAAGUAGUAGAUAAUUCUGCUUUAGUUCCCGUGGAUCCAUUUGAAGGCUGGACUGCGUCGGAUCCUAUCAGUGACCGUGGGUCAACAUUUAUGGCGUUUGCAGCUCAUGUAAAUUCCGAGGAGGAGGCAUUCCAAAUGCUUGAUCAUUUGAAGACCGAUUCUAAGAUGAGGAGGGCUAACCAUGCCAUGUGUGCCUGGAGAAUUAAGAAACAAACAGAUAGUAACGAUAUCAUCUACCAGGAUUGUGACGACGACGGAGAAACCGCAGCAGGAUCCCGAAUGCUACAUUUAGUGACUAUCAUGGAUGUGUGGAAUGUUAUCGUUGUAGUAGCUCGUUGGUUUGGUGGUGUACAUAUUGGUCCAGAUAGGUUCAAACACAUCAACUCAACGGCAAGAGAGGCAAUCCUGCGGGCAGGCUUUACACCAGCCAAAAAAUAA